AUGUACAGCUACAAGCUCCGACACUUUGCUACCCAUUUCCAAGACGUUUUCUUAUCUCAGCUCGACGACUUCAGACAAUCCGAAACGAAACGAAUUAGGGUCUUGGUCCAGACUUGCACGGGGUCCUCGGCCGAUCCUAAUCGGCAAGAAGAGUCGGAGGAAGGCCUCCGUCCCCUCCUUUUCGUGUGUACAAGUCUAUUCGCAACGCCGACGGCCCUAUUGUCCGCACCGUUUGCCUUGGCCGUCCAUGUAUUCAUGGUGGCCCUUCUUUUCAUCGACUUCCCCCGCAUCUUGUCUUGUUCCUUGUAUUUGUUUCCACUCGGCACUGUUGAGGCAACAUUUUUCCGAGGAAACAAAAAAGUAGGUGAAGCUUGAAAGUACGAUUUUUGAGCUUCUUGUUUCCAGAGGCUCAACUUUCAGGUAGAAAAUUGGGGUUUAAAGCUCGAAAAUGAGGUCAAAAAUUUGAAAAAUCAGAUUUUUUAUUGAAUGAAGCUCUGAACAGCGCCUGAGGCUUAGAAUAUUGGAGAAACUUCUGGGAAAAUUUCAGAAAGCCUUAUAAUUGAACUUCGAGUCUGUGAGGUCGGAAAAAUUCCAGUUUUACAGCUUAAAAAAAUCUAAAAAAAUAUAAUUUUAAGAUUACUGGUUUUUUUGAAAGGUAAAAAAACUAUAAACCAAAUCUCCAUAGUUCCUGAGUAAAACAGCCGAUUUUAAAGACAAAUAUUUACUUUCAAUUUUAAAAAAACCGGUUUCAAUACCACUAUUCAUCCAAUCAAAAAAAUUGUAAAAAAAAUUUUUUUUUAAUUUUUAAAAACACUUUUCAAUCAAAAAACAACUUUAAAAUUUUUGUUUGAUAAAAAAAAAAAACGUUUUUUGAGAUACAUGCCGCUCGCAGAAAUAAUUUAGGAUUCCCAUUCUAAUUGUUUAUUCCUUCAUUUCGAAACGUAUUCUCUACAGUCCAACGAAAAUUAGUUGAUAUUAGAGGAAUUGGCUAAAAUUUUGUAGGCAAUCUCAGGAAAAAGGUCCGAUUUGUUGACUGUAUACAUUAAAUUUGCUUCAAAUUCUUGAAAAACUGGUUCUAAAUUUUCACCUUCGGCUUUUUCGCUUUGAAAGAAUAAACUUGGGGGUUGGAAAAAAAAAAGUGAGAUGAUCUCAAAAAUAAAUCUCUUUGAGCCGAACUUUGACUUUCUACUUAAAUUUUCGGGAUCUGUGUUUUUCAAGCUUUUUGAACUACUUGGGGGAUUAUAAAACCUGAGCUUCUUCCAAGAAAAGCCGGAUAGAAAAAUUGCUUCAAAACCUUCUUUCUCUGUGAGUGAAAAGAUGCUUGGAACUUUUUUACUUGCACAGAUUUUUUUCUCGCUGUCGUUCCAGGGGUCACUUAAGGGACCUCUCUGUUGAUCUGUACGUUAUUGAGAAGCUUUUUCUCGUCCUUCUUUCAAAAAAAAAAAGUUUCGUUCUAUGGGUCUCUUUAGAGACCUCUUCGAUAAGCUGAACCAUAAGCGUCUCCUCUUCCUCUUCCUUUCUCAAAAAAAAAAACUGCCAGUGGUCUCUUAAAGGACCACUCCGAUAAAGCUGAACUAUAAUUUCCUUCUUCUAAAAAAAGCUUUCGUUCCAGUGGUCACUCCAGGGACCUUAUUGAGAAACUCCUUCUCGUCCUUCUUUCGAAAAAAAGCUGUCCUUUCAGUGAUAACUUCAGGGACCUCUCCUAUAAACUGAAUCAGAAGCUUUUCCCAAUCUUCCUCAUUCAAAAAAAGCUGUCACUCCAGUGGUCACUUCAGGGCGACCGACGCAUUCGUCACGGUUGUGUUUUGGGAUCCACGGUCGACGGGUCGCCGAUCUCGCGCAUUUGUCGGAUCUUAUCAACGCCGUCGAUCACUCAUUCACCGUGUCAUUCGUGA